AUGCUGGAGAAGAAGUCGCGUAUUUUACAGCCAUGCAUUUCAUAUCAUACUAUCCACUCGGUCGAGAAGGGCCUGCCGACGGUCUUCAAUGCCUGGCCACUCCAUGUCCGGUGCUACAACUUUGUCUUUGUCACCCUUCUCUUCCAGUCGGAAAAAGAUGUCACGGAUGUGUAUGAGAGCAUACAAAAGUUGACCUGCGUCAGCUCGGUCGAGCAACUAUACGCAUUUUUCUACGAGCCCAAACCCCCAUUCACGACAACGGACGGCUGGGAGAUUUAUAGUCCGCAAGUUGAAUACAGACGUAUGGGCGUCGGAUCCAAGAAUAUCUACUGGCGUAUUUCAGAUCUGAAUGAAUCCUUCGCUUUUUCGCCAACGUAUCCGCAGUAUCUCGUAGUACCUCAAAAGAUCAGCGACGCUGUCUUGACUUAUGCCGCCAAGCACCGGAGCAAGGCCAGAAUCCCAGCAUUGAGUUAUCUCCACUGGAACAAUAUGAAGGCGUCCAUCACUAGAUCGAGCCAACCGAUGGUUGGUCUUAAGCAAAAUCGCUCUAUCCAGGACGAAAAGCUCAUCGAGGCCAUUUUUAUGAGCAAUGUGCCUCAAUCUUCUACCGGAAAUCCAAUAUACGGAAGUACUGCGACAAAUCUCAUCAUUGACGCUCGGCCCACUGCGAACGCCGUCGCGAACACUGCCGUCGGCGCAGGGACGGAAAAUAUGGAGAACUAUAGGAACUGCAAGAAGGUGUACUCUGGGAUUGACAACAUUCACGUCAUGCGCGACAGUUUAAACAAAUUGGUCGAAGCACUACAGGAGAUUGACACUAAAGGAUCCGUUUCUAAAGUCGCGCUACAGAAGUCUGGCUGGCUGAAGCAUAUUGCUGCGAUCAUGGAGGGCGCACUUAUGAUUGUUAAGAAUAUUCACGUCUGCAACUCACACGUGUUGGUACACUGCUCCGAUGGCUGGGAUCGCACUGCCCAGUUGACGUCAGUCGCGCAGAUUUGCCUUGACCCUUUCUACCGGACGCUACGAGGCUUCCAGGUCCUGAUCGAAAAGGAGUGGUGUUCGUUCGGAUUCAAGUUUCUGGACCGUUGUGGCCAUCUCUCCAAUGACAAGAACUUUGUCGCUCUAUCUGCCACCAAUGCUGCUGCCAACACCUUUGCCAACGUCCAGAACAAGUUCUAUAACAACAAACACAUUCGGGAAACCAGCCCUGUCUUUCAACAAUUUCUGGACUGUGUUUUUCAGAUCAUGCAUCAGAAUCCUACUCGGUUCGAGUUCAACGAGUACUUUUUGACUCAGCUGCACUACCACGUGUAUUCUUGUCAAUUCGGCAAUUUUUUAUUCAACUGCGAAAGGGAGCGACGACAGUAUAUGGCCAACACAAGGUUCGCUUCCAUAUGGGACUUUAUCAACUCGGACAAGGAGACCUAUUUGAGCAAGGAUUACGAACCGAGCGCUGACAAGGCGCGCGGCGGCGACGGUGGUGUUUUGUUCCCGGAUGCAAAGUCAAUCAGGUACUGGGCGAAGCUCUUUGGGAGGACGGAUGACGAACUCAAUACGCUCGAUGACAACAUGAACAUCAGCAACCCCUUGAACGAGCGUAUGACUCCAGAGAUGCUGGGAUUUGGACCAAACUAUGCCGAAUCAAUAUCAUCUACAGACGUAGAAUAUUCGACAGAUCAGCGCAGCAAUUAUGACCCGUUGGGUAUCGGCUCCAGUCCAACCGUGCCUCGACCACGUUCGGGGUCUAAAGCGAACAAUGGGUUUGGAGGCGUAUCGAACAGCCCCAGAUUGACCCCAGAGACUGACGACUCUUGGCAAAAGGGUGCGGACAUUCUUACCUCCAAGUUGCCUGCAGCUCUGUCGGGAGCGUUCGUUGAUUCCUUCAGUCGACUUACGACCUGGUAUUCGUCAACAGGCACCGGUUCUUCAUCGACCACCUCAUUCGAAGAGGGCUCCGUAUUCAGAGACUUGCGAUCGAGCUCUGCAGGUCCUCAACCUCGGUCAGCUACCCUUGGUCGCAGCAAUAGUAAUCGACGCCGACCCCCGGUGGACAGGGAACUGAAAUCGAUCUCGGGCAUGCCAACGGUCGGUCUUCAAACUCAUAGCGCGUCGUCGAGUCCGAAGCACAGUCUGGCAGAUCUGACGCUAGAGCACGAAUUGAACCAAAAUUACCCGUACCUUGGAAAAGAGAGGGAUCCAUUGGGCGCUGGGGGUGCCAGUAUCAAGUCUUUGCCAAACGGAACGUCGCCUUCAACAGUCUCCUCCCCAUCUUCAUCCUCGAAGGGGAUCUCCAGUACACAUCAAACAGGCAACACAACCUCUCCGUCUACAGGGACACGGACACCCCGAUCGCCAUCGCCCGAUCUGGCAACGAUCUUACCCGCCAGUGGAAUUGCGGCAGGAACGGAGAGUUCCGUUCCAGAGCCUGUCAAGGAGCCGGCAAAGGAAUUGCCCCACCCACUUUUUGUAGAAUAGGAACAUGCAGAGGGUUACCACGAUCCGCAUUAAACAGCAUUGCAAUCAAAAGAACGAUUUCUCGCUGCAGUCUAUCAGGAACACAAUACAAUAUACGCAUACCCGGUGCCUCACACUGAUCUGUAUUCUAUUAGACCGCGUUGGCAGAAACGAGGCUUGACUGUGUUUAUAUCCGUUUCAAAGAGACGAUCUAAUUCUGAGGGCUGCUAAACUCUUCGAUAUAGAGCUCCACCUGUAUAUCAGCGAUGUCUAU